AUGCCAGGGGUGGAUCCGAAAUUGGCAAUCCAUAGGUUGCAUGUCAAACCAGGUUUUAAACCUGUAAUUCAGAAGGGGAGAAGGUCAGUCGUUCAACAUACGGAGGCCGUGGUUAAGGAGGUAGAAAACUUACUGGAAGCUAAGGCCAUCAGGGAAGUACAAUAUCCCGAAUGGCUCUCAAACACAGUGGUGGAUUUGUUCCCGCUUCCUAAAAUCGAUCAAUUCAUGGAUAUGACAUCAGGAAUGUCAAGGAUGAGCUUCUUGGAUGCAUACCGAGGGUAUCAUCAAAUCCCAAUGCAUCCGUCUGAUCGGGAGAAUACUUCGUUCAUCACCCCAAAAGGAAUAUUCUGUUACCAAGUAAUGCCUUUGGGCUUAAAGAAUGCAGGUGCCACAUUUCAGAGGAUGGUGACAACUCUCAAGACUAUGGAAGUUUACAUAGAUGACAUGUGGGGAAUCGAGGCUGACCUAACGCAGAUCAAGGCCAUUCAAUGCUUGGAGCGACCCACCAAGGUGAAGGAGAUACAAAAAUUAACUGGAACGGCGACGACACUUAACAGGUUCAUGAGUAGAUCCUCAGACAGAUUCAGGCCUUUCUUUCAAUUGCUUAAGUCGGGGAGAGCUUUCCAAUGGGAUGAUGAAUGCGAGGCGGCUUUUCUUCUUGAGUUUAAGAGUUACUUGCAAAAACCUCAACUGUUAGCAACUCCCAAGGAAGGAGACACGCUUCAACUAUACAUGGCAGUGUCAGAUCAUGCCAUAAGCGUCGUAAUCCUGAGAGAAGAAAGGAAGGUCCAGUACCCAAUCUACUACGUAAGCAAGACAAUGCUAGAUGCUGAAACAAGCAUACCCAGUGGAAGUGGUGAUAGAAUAUCCAUUGAAGACCUUGUUAGGAAAAGCGGACAUGUCUGGAAGGGUUGCCAAAUGCAACGGCCUGAAGAAGCCAACCAGAUAUGGAAGGUACAGGUAACUCCUUUGCAUCGUUGGGAGUUACAGAUUGAUGGUUCUUCAACAAGACGAGGAUCAGGAGCAGGAAUUGUGCUCAUAGUACUGGAAGGAGAAGUGUUGGAGAUGGCUAUACGAUUAGGGUUCCCAGUAACAAAUAAUGAAGCAGAGUAUGAAGCUCUGUUUCAAGGAGUCCAGAAUGCUCUAAGACUUGAGGCAAAGGAGUUGAACGACCACGCAGAUGCUUUGGCUACCCUUGCGUCGGCCGACCAACUAGGGGUGAAGAGGGUGAUCCAAGUAGAAGUGCUUGAACGACCAAGCAUAGAUGAGUUGCCAGAAGAGAUACGAUGCGCAGAAGAGCAGACGCCUAGUUGGAUGGAUCCGAUCGUUGCUUACUUAAAGGAUGGCAUUCUUCCCGAAGAUAAGAAAGAAGCCAGAAAAUUGACAGUCAAAGCAACGCGCUUCUUGUUAUCUCCUGAUCAGAAGCUCUAUAAAAAGUCUUUCUCAGAUCCAUACUUAUUAUGUGUUCACCCAGGAAGAGUUGAUGACCUAUUGUUUGAGAUUCAUGAAGGUUCUUGUGGAGCACAUGCAGUGAGAAGGACAUUUGCAUUUCGAACGAUCACCCAAGGCUUUUGGUGGCCGUACAUGCAGAAGGAUGCUUUGCAGUACGGGUUGGAUAUUGUUGAACCGCUUCCUCAAGCUACUGGCAAUAGAAGAUUCUUAAUUACCGCCACUGACUAUUUCACGAAAUGGAUCGAGGCAAAGCCUCUGGCAGCAAUCCGAGACAUAGAAACAAGGAAGUUCGUUUGGGAAAAUAUCAUAACAAGUUUUCAAGUGCCAAAUUUAAAAGAAUUUUGUGGUGGAUAUGGGAUAAAGAAUCUCUAUUCCACUCCCGCCUACCCAAAGUGCAAUAGUCAGGCAGAGGCGGCCAACAAGAUCAUAUUAGACGAAAUUAAGAGAAGAUUGGUGUCUUCCAAAGGAAUGUGGGUAGAAGAACUCCGGUCAGUAUUAUGGGCAUACCGAACCACUCCUCGCAGGUCUACGAGAGAAUCCCCAUUUGUGCUUGCUUAUGGAGCGGAGGUUGUCAUUCCCUUAGAAAUAGGGCUUCCAACUCUCUGA